AUGGAGGCAGCUCCAGAGCCUCAACUUCUUCCCGUCGUCAAGCCGCUGCACAGAAAGGUUGGGUACUAUGUGAUCAACAUCCUUCGCAAGCGUCUUCGCACUCUUCGCAGCAACGACAUAACGCCUCAGAUAGAGGUAGACUUCUACGACUCGCUCAUCCGCGGCAUCUUUCGCUUUGUUGGAGCAGACCCAGACCUGUAUCCGCAAUGCUUCAAGGCUUGCACAAAACUAUGCUGGGACACAGAAGCCCUCAACGCCAGCAACUGGCUUGAAUGGAGCGGCUAUUUCCAGAUGGCAUGGUCCAUGUAUAGAUCUCAGAUUCUCACUGAGAGAACCAACCUGCUGCAUUGCCCCCCGGCGCCAAUACUCGUGGUGGUCAUUGCGAUGCGGCAGGUCAUCCUGUAUGGCAAGCUCACACCGACUGACCAGAAGGUCGAGUUUUUGAGAAAGUUUGACUGCAACCGAAAGGCUGUUACCGCCAUCCACUUCUUCAGAGAGAACUCUGAUGAGGACGCCCUCACCUUGAAUCAACCAUGGAACACCUCCCUGGAUGUCGACCACCAGCCACGGCCAAACAGCGAGAUUGAACAGGCAGCCCAACCAGACAGCACACCUCCAUACUCCAUGGCUGUUGUCAACCGUCGACGGGGAAACAGUUCGGCCGCUCCUCGCUCAAACGAUUCUCGACAAUCAGCUGUGCAGUCUCCCCAAGAGACAUCACCAGCGGCUGUACCUGCUUCUCUUCCAGUGCGGACCUCAACUCCGCGGCCCGUUGCAACGCCAUCGCGCCGUCCAUUCAAAGCAAGGUCGGCUUUCAUUCUGUCACCAGACUCACCGGUGAUAUCGUCUUCCGUUCGAGCGCGUUCGUCACCGAGCCUGUUUGUCACCCCACUGCCGUUUCGACUAGCAGCAACGCCUGCGGCAGUGACGCCUGCGGCAAGACGUGUGCGCUCUCCUCCUCCUCCGCCCACACCUGUGCCAGUACCCAUGUUUCCCUCUCCCCUUGUUCCCACACCGGUUUCAGUGCAGCCAAGAUCAGCUUCACCGAGGGAGAUCACCAAGCGAGUCACCCGAGCGGAAGUCAUGGUGCACGUGCGGCCUCUCGUCAACCGACUUAAACGCGAGGGCUGGAACGGCAACAUUCAAACGGACAUUAUGGAGGUACUUACCGACAAGAACGUCAGGGUGCUGCCGUACUUUGCAAAGCAGACACUGCGUAUCUGGGCGGAGGCAUCACGCAAACACGCAGUCGUCGGCUGGCUUGAGCAGGCCGUUGAUGACGUUGAUGUCUUUGAAUGGGUAGAGACAGAUCCUGAGUCUGAGCCCGAGCCGGAACCCCAGUCUGAGCCGGAACCGGAGGAAGAGGCAGAGGCAGAGGAAGAAGAAGAGGCGGAGGCUGAGCCUGAGCCUGAAGCCAUUUCACAGACUGCAGGAAGCGCACCGUCCACCCUCGACGUCUUUCAUGACCUGGAAACCGGCAUUGCAAGCAUUUCGGACACCAGAGCUCGAGAGCAACUCCUCACCAAUCUCCGAUCUCUAAAAGCCAACCUCUAUACGAGUGACUUGGCGAAAAGGGAGGAGAUGGAUCGUCGAAUUGACCAACACGAUCAGAUCAUCAAAAUGCUGCAGGCCCAGAUGUCGGGCACUCAGAAGACAGCUGCAGGUGCUGUGGUCAAAUCAGCUGUGGGGGAGUCUGUGGCUGAGAAAGUCGUCAUUGUGAUUGACUCAGACGGAGAGGCGCGGGAGGAGCGGCAGAGGAAGAAGAAGAAGAAGAACAAGAAGAAAAAGAAAGAUUCUGGAGAUAUUAAGCGAGAGAGUGAGCGAGAGAAAGAGGGUGACAAGGAGAGGAAGAAGAGAAAGCGGAAGCCGAGAGUGGCAAAGGAAGAAGAGAGCGACGACGAAGUGGAAGACAGUGAAGAGGAGAGGAGAGCGAAGCGGGAAGCGAAGAAGAGCAAGAAAUAA